UGGGCUUCGGUUCACCUGUCAAAAGACAGAAGCAGAGGAUAAGAAAGAAGAACCGGCAAAAGACAGCUCUGUCGCUCUCUUAUCGUAGCCCUUCUUAGCCGGAACAAAGCUCUCAGAGUAAGUUCCCUGUUUCUUGCUAACAAUCUUCAUACAGUAAACAACACAACAAGCUUUUUUAUUUACUCUCUGCAGUUUUUGGUCUAAAAAAAAAAAGGCUUGCCGACAUAGAUAGUUACAUAUAGUCUAGAAUGAGCAGUCUUUUUAGUUGUGCUUUUGAAUACUGUUACUAGUUUUGUGUUGUUGUAAAACUUUGUGAUGGAGUUAAUAGUGCCAACGAAGCAAACCCAUGAAGGGUUUUGCUCAUUUCACUCUACUCGUAAGGAAAUUACUAGUAAGCGUUUGUCGGGUUGUAAUAAUAGGAGGUUCAGAAGCAGUUCAAUAAAGGUACUUGUGGGCCAGUUGAGAAAACAGAGACAAAGUAAGGUAUUUGCUAUUUCAAGAAGUGAAACUUUAGGCACGAAUGGUAGGUUAUCAUGUGUUGAAAAGAGGCCACAUGUGCAAGGGAGCAUAUCUGAAAACUUUGAGGAAUUUGAGAGUAAUAAUUAUCUUCGUCGGUUGGUCAGGAAUGGGGAAUUAGAAGAAAGUUUUAAGCACCUUGAGAGUAUGGUGUAUGGUGGUGAUAUUCCUGAUAUUAUUCCGUGUACAAGUUUGAUUCGCGGGUUUUGUAGAAUUGGCCAAACUAAGAAGGCUACAAGAGUUUUGGAGAUUCUUGAGGAUUCCGGGGCUGUUCCGGAUGUUAUUACUUACAAUGUGUUGAUUAGUGGUUAUUGUAAGUCUGGAGAAAUUGAUAAUGCUUUGAAGGUCUUGGACCGAAUGAGCGUUGCACCGGAUGUGGUCACGUACAAUACAAUUUUGCGUACCUUAUGUGAUGGUGGGAAAUUGAAACAAGCUAUGCACGUUCUCAACCGUAUGUUGCAGAGGGAGUGUUAUCCUGAUGUGAUUACCUAUACAAUUUUGAUCGAAGCAACAUGUAAGGAAAGUGGCGUGGGGCAGGCAAUGAAGCUGUUGGAUGAAAUGAGGAGUAAAGGAUGUAUACCGGAUGUGGUCACUUAUAAUGUUCUUAUCAAUGGGAUUUGUAAGGAAGGGAGAUUGAAUGAAGCUAUCAAGUUUCUGAAUAAUAUGCCAUCUUAUGGUUGUCAACCUAAUGUUAUUACGCACAAUAUAAUAUUGCGUAGUAUGUGUAGUACGGGUAGAUGGAUGGAUGCUGAGAAACUGUUGGCUGAUAUGGUUAGAAAAGGCUGUUCUCCUAGUGUUGUCACUUUUAACAUCUUGAUCAAUUUUCUCUGCCGGAAAGGACUGUUGGGACGAGCUAUUGAUUUGUUGGAGAAGAUGCCUAAGUAUGGGUGUACUCCAAAUUCCUUGAGUUAUAAUCCAUUGCUUCAUGCAUUCUGCAAAGAGAAGAAAAUGGACCGGGCGAUUGAGUAUUUGGAAGUUAUGGUGAGUAGGGGUUGUUACCCUGAUAUUGUGACUUAUAAUACGCUGCUCACAGCUUUGUGCAAAGAUGGUAAGGUGGAUGUUGCAGUUGAAAUCCUUAAUCAACUUAGUGACAAAGGUUGUUCUCCAGUCCUAAUCACUUACAAUACAGUGAUUGAUGGACUAUCCAAAGUGGGGAAAACUGAACUUGCCAUUGAACUGCUGAAUGAAAUGCGAGAGAAAGGUCUCCAGCCUGAUAUAAUUACCUAUUCCUCGCUUGUGUCAGGUCUUAGUAGGGAAGGAAAAGUUGAUGAAGCCAUUAAGUUCUUUCACGACUUAGAAGGGUUGGAUGUCAGGCCCAAUGCUAUAACCUACAACGCCAUUAUGUUGGGGCUGUGUAAAGUUCGCCAAACAGAUCGUGCAAUUGACUUCUUGGCUUAUAUGAUUUCAAAGGGAUGUAAACCUACUGAAUCUACAUAUACUAUUCUAAUUGAAGGCAUUGCUUAUGAAGGCUUAGCGGAGGAGGCUUUGGAGUUACUGAAUGAGUUGUGCUCUAGAGGAGUUAUGAAGAAGAGUUCUGCUGAACAGGUGGUAGUUAAGAUGUAGCUUGAACGCAUACUUUCACUCACUCUGUGGCAACAUAUCGUGGUUCAACCUCUUGGAUCACAGUUUUCUGGAUAUCUACUGUUAAUUGCUUACAGGAGUAUUUGCGGUCGCAUCACCAUGUAACAACCUUUUUUCUCUGUUAGCUAGAAAUAUGAAGUGAAAAUCAAUUUUGUUUGCAAUUAUGAUAAUCCUUUUUCCCAGAUUGUUUCGGCAAAAGCAUACUUUUAGUUCAUGAUUGUUCAUGUACACAUCUUUUGUUCCUAUGUCAGCCAAUGUUUGUAGUGUGCAACCUUACAUCUGAUACAGCAUUCUUGAGGAUA